GUUCUGGGGCUGGUCCGGCUGAGCCGGAGUCUUUGCGGCGAGAAGUGCAUGCCCUCGUGAAUUGAACCAGCCUGGGAGUGGUUACACUUGCAAGUGGGAUGAGAGCCUAUCCGACGCGGGAGGAGGGGCUGAUCUGGUCAGAAUGAUAAAGAUACAGACCCAGUGACCUCAUGUAACUCGUUCAACCUCACGUGGUCUAGGGCACUGACCGGAGGUGGGAGAGAGGCGGUCCUGGGCUGGAAUCCCAGCUCCAAUAGGACCAUGGGUGGGCCUUGGCAUCCUGUCAAACUGUCAUCACACCCCGACGUUAACAAUAACAGCGUGGAAACAGUGCCGGGCAGUCUGCCGGACUCAGGGUGCCAGAGGAAGCGACCAUGCAGGAGUUCACCACGCGCUACCCCAAGAACUGCCUGCUGACCGUCAUGGACCGGUACUCGGCCGUGGUGCAGAACAUGGAGCAGGUGGUGAUGUUCCCCAGCCUUCUGCGGGACAUGCAGCCCAGUGCACACGGGUGUGAGGCCCAGGCUGGAGCCCCCAGUCUCUACAACUACUUCACCAUGCUCAAGGCCAUCCGCGUGGAUGUGGAACAUGGGCUGCUGCCCCAGAAGGAGGGACAGGUCAAGAUGGCAGGUGGUGGAGCCAAUGCGGCUGAGAAUGAAGCUGCAGAGACGGAAGAGGGCGAGGAGGUCUUGGGGCAGCUGGACCUACAAGCCCAGUUCCACCUGCACUUCUCCAGCCUUCAUCACAUCCUCACUCACCUUACCAUGAAAGCCCAGGAGGUGACGAGGACCUACCAGGAGAUAACGGGACAGGCCAUCUAAGCCUCGGACUCUAGGGAAGAUCCCUGUAUCUGAGAGAAGGCAGACUCUGUGAUGAGGACUUGGAGCAGUCACUAGCCCUGACGAUGAGACCAGAAAGGCUAGACCUGCACUGGAAGUGAGGCGACGUGGUUCUCUGGGAUGCUUCACUACCUUCCUUUGGACACCAAUUCAUGGACUUGUCACUGCGUCACCUUUAGGAUGCUUGCUGCUAUUUACAACUCUCCCUCUCUCCUCUUACCAGCCUGGGAUAGUGGUCCGUGGAUCACGUGGGGCUAGAUGAUACCUAGCCAGUGUGGCAUGGUAGGAACACAGGUUUUAGCAUUUGACCAAUUCUUAGCAAUCGUUCACUUUGUGAUCUCUGGCGAGUUAUUUAAUCCAUUGGAACCUAAAUUUCACCAUCUAUAAAAUGGGGAUAGUAUUGCCUACCUCACAAGGUUGUUCUAGAAAUUAAACAAAAUAGAAUCAAAAGCACCUGGCAUAUAAGUGCUGUUAUUUAUACAUUCAUUCCCCCACCGCCACCUAUAUUUCUGUAUUUGCUCUAGCCUUUGUUUUUUACACUCCAGAACUAAGAGGUAGCAGAGUCCCUGGAUUGAGUGGUUCACUCUUGUUCCCGCCAAGCACAGGUGAACUAUAAGCCUAUUUAGUUCAGCAACAAUCCUAUAUAAUAAAAGGCUAAUAUGCAAAUUGUCCCCUCGACCAGGAGUUCAACCAGGGGGUGGGGCUGGCCCGCCAAUCGCCGCAGGCCCCUCCUGGCUGACUCGGCCCGAUUAGUCCUGGUCGAUUAGUCCUGGUUGGGGUGAGCUGGCCGGACCCCACCCAUGCAUGAAUUCGUGCACCGGGCCUCUAGUCUAUAUAUAUAAAAGCCUAAGUGACCGUAUGAUUGGUCACUAUGAUAAACACUGACCACCAGGGUCACUAUCCCUGACGAUGAAACCAGAUGCUCCAUGUGGGAGCUGUCCCCUGGUGGUCAGUGUGCUCCCACAGCGGGAGCAUUGGUCAGCCAGAAGCCGGGCUCACAGCUGGCAAGUGCAGCAGGAGCCUCUCCCGCCUCUGCAACAGAGCUACCGAGCAGUGGCAGCAGGUGCAGCGGGGCUGGGAUGAAUGGGAACACCGUGGCACCGGGCUCCAGCUCCGGGUCCUCCCCAGCCGCCUGCAGCUUCGCCCACUGCUAGAUCCUUCAGAUGUCAGACCUAAACCGGCAGUCCAACAUCCCCCGAGGGGUCCCGGAUUGCGAGAGGGGGCAGGCCAAGCUGAAGGACCCCACUGGUGCUCGAUUUUCGUGCACCGGGACUCUAGUUAAAAAAUAAUACCUUGUAUUUGUACAUUAACUCUAAAGUACUUCCUCAGUCAUGAUUUUAUAUUCAACAAGUGGCACUUGAAAAGAGAUGGAACUCAUCUGAUUUUGCCCAGAAACCACGCUUAUAAUCACACUGCCACCUACUUUGAAGUCACAUGGAAAGAGAGAAACAAUUUUAUUAAUCGCCCAAAAUUAAUCUGAUUAUAAAAUCUGAGUCUGGAAACAAAAACUUUCUGGACAAGCACUUGAAUUUGAGCAAUAAAGAGUAAGCUCAGCCCUAGCUGGUCUUGCUCAGUGGAUAGAGCAUCAGCCUGCAGACUAAUGGGUCCCGGGUUUGAUUCUGGUCAAGGGCACAUGCCCAGGUUGCAGGUUUGAUCCCAGGAGGCAGCCAAUCAAUGAUUCUCUCAUAUCAUUGAUGUUUCUCUCUCCCUCUCUGAAAUCAAAUCAAUCUAUAAAAGUUAUCUAUACUAAUA